CCUGUGUAGGGGGCGUGGCCUAGCAGCUGAACUGAACUGUUGCUUCACUCUGGAUCCAUCUUGCAGCGCUUCUCCCUGCAGAACUCUAACGGCACAUUCUCCGUGAAAAUGGCCCAAUCUAUCCUGGACACGGCGUCCGGAGCCUCCACCGGAACCCUGCAGGUCACAGAACCUCUGAACUUCUGGGCUGGAAAACGGGUGAAACCCAGAGAGGAGAAAAACGCCGAGCCCGUGUUCGAGCCAGCGACUGGCCGGGUUCUGUGCCAGCUGCCGCCCUGUGGGGCCGAGGACGUGGAGGCCGCCAUCCAGAGCGCCCACUCUGCCUACGUGGAGUGGAGCAAGAAGUCUGGCAUGGAGCGGGCCCGGGUCAUGCUGGAGGCCGCCCGCAUCAUCAGGGAAAGGAGGGAGCAAAUCGCAAAGCUGGAAUCCAUCACCAACGGGAAGUGCAUCACUGAGGCUCUGGUUGACAUCGACGUCGCCUGGCAGACCAUGGAGUUUUACGCCGGCAUGGCUGGGACCCUCACAGGUCAGCACAUCCAGCUUCCUGGCGGGGCCUUCGCCUACAGCAGGAGGGAGCCGCUGGGCGUGUGCGUGGGGAUCGGGGCCUUCAACUACCCGUUCCAGAUCGCUGUGACCAAGUCGGCUCCGGCUCUGGCAUGCGGUAACUCCAUGGUGUUUAAGCCGUCUCCCAUGACGCCAGUGACCGCCGUGGUGAUGGCUGAGAUCUACAAGGAGGCGGGGGUUCCUGACGGCCUCUUCUGCGUGGUCCAGGGGGGAGCGGAGACCGGCUCUCUGCUCUGCCAGCACCCGAAGGUGGCUAAGGUCUCCUUCACCGGCAGCGUCCCAACAGGCAAGAAGGUCAUGGAGAUGUCCGCUAAGGGGGUGAAGCAGGUGACUCUGGAACUGGGAGGGAAGUCUCCCCUCAUCGUCUUCAAAGACUGCGAUCUGGAGAACGCCGUGAGGGGGGCGCUCAUGGCCAACUUCCUGACGCAGGGACAGGUCUGCUGCAACGGAACCAGGGUGUUUGUGCAGAAGGAGAUCAUGCCUCAGUUCCUGGACGAGGUGGUGAAGAGGACCAAGGCCAUCUCCGUUGGCGACCCACUGCUGGACGGCACCCGGAUGGGAGCCCUGAUCAGCAAACCUCAGCUGGACAAAGCUCUGGGCUUCGUCUCUCAGGCCAAGAAGGAGGGAGCCAAAGUGCUUUGUGGAGGAGAACCUUUUGUCCCCACUGACCCCAAACUGAAGGCGGGUUAUUUCAUGUCCCCUUGCGUCCUCGAAAACUGCAGAGACGACAUGACCUGCGUGAAGGAGGAGAUCUUCGGUCCGGUUAUGUCCGUCCUGCCGUUUGACACCGAGGACGAAGUGAUCCAGAGAGCCAACAACACCACCUACGGCCUGGCCUCUGGCGUCUUCACCAGGGAUAUUUCUCGAGCUCACCGCGUGGCACAGCGGCUGGAGGCGGGGACUUGCUUCAUCAACAACUACAACAACAGCCCUGUGGAAAUGCCCUUCGGAGGAUACAAGAUGUCAGGCUUCGGCAGGGAGAACGGCCAGGUCACCAUCGAGUACUACUCCCAGCUGAAGACGGUGGUGGUGGAACUGGGAGACGUGGAGAAUCACUUCUGAACUCUGAACCUUUGAACCGACGCUGAACUAUUGCGCCACAGAGAGGCUUUAGAGAAACCUGCUUUCCUGUUUUACUAAAUCACCAGUUCCUCCGCUAACAGAGACCUAAACUUUCUGACCACAGCAUUUAGCAGCUUUGCUCAAGUUGGUGUGAUGGCAUAGGAGUCUAGAUUUAAAGCAAGAAGCCUAACAAACGCAGCGUGAGCAUUAGUAAGAAACACCUGCUGAUUGUUGUGUUUAAAUAAAACCACAGAAAGUCUUUAUGAAAAUAAAAUCUUUCAGUGCCAGAUGUC